GUCGUCGUGCUCGCGCUAAUUUAGUGCUUCAGAUUCAGAUUUGUGCGAGGGCUCCCGAAGCGCGCGGUGUGUCCAGGUGACGUCAUCCUCCCCGGCUUGCGCAGCUAUUCCCAGACUCGGCUCUCGCUCUCACUGUUUAUUUGGUCGUUAUGGCGGAGGGAGAAGGAGAUCUGCAACCUCAGCCGCCGCCGCUUGCCCUUGCCCUAGCGAUACCUUCAACGAUUAAACGGCAGAGCUUACGUCCUGCGCCUCGCGGUCCCGGACCGGGACCUGGACCGGGCCUUCAGAACACACGGUCUCUCAAUCCGGAAUCUUUACUGGACUGUGCCGCUAAGGCAGUGGCAGAGAAAUGGGCCUUUGAAAGGGUGGAGGAGCGCUUUGAGCGUAUCCCGGAGCCCGUCCAGCGCCGUAUCGUUUACUGGUCCUUUCCAAGAAAUGAGAAGGAAAUCUGCAUGUAUUCGUCUUUUCAGUGCAGAGGGAGUGCGGAGGACACGGCAACGACAGGCUCCGGGGCUUCGGUGGGUUCUGGGGCUGUCUCCGGAGGAGUUAACACCACCGGGGGGAGCAGCGGGGCUGGGGGCAGUGGGGACGGUCUGCCUUUCCGCCGAGGCAUCCGGCUGCUGGAGAGCGGCUCUGUGGAGAAUGUCCUGCAAGUCGGUUUUCAUCUCAGUGGAACAGUGACAGAGCCUGCCACCCAGUCGGAACCAGAGACAACUUAUAAGGUGGCAAUCAGCUUUGACCGAUGCAAAAUCACAUCGGUAACAUGUGGCUGUGGGAACAAAGACAUUUUCUACUGUGCUCAUGUGGUGGCGCUCUCACUCUACCGGAUUCGCAAACCAGAUCAGGUCAAAUUGCGUCUUCCCAUUUCAGAGACUCUAUUCCAGAUGAACAGGGACCAGCUACAGAAAUUUGUGCAGUAUUUAAUCACUGCACAUCACACUGAAGUUCUUCCCACUGCUCAGAAACUGGCAGAUGAAAUUUUGUCAUCCAAUUCAGAAAUCAACCAAGUCCAUGGUGCUCCUGAUCCUACAGCUGGAGCUAGUAUUGAUGAUGAGAAUUGCUGGCAUUUGGAUGAAGAGCAAGUGAGAGAACAAGUGAAACAAUUCUUAUCCCAAGGUGGCUAUUAUGGUUCUGGAAAGCAGCUUAAUUCCAUGUUUGCUAAGGUGCGAGAGAUGCUGAGGAUGCGGGAUUCAAAUGGUGCUCGAAUGUUAACUUUAAUAACGGAACAGUUCAUGGCAGAUCCUCGUUUGUCUUUGUGGAGGCAACAAGGAACGGGUAUGACCGAUAAGUGUAGGCAGUUAUGGGAUGAAUUAGGAGCUUUAUGGGUUUGUAUUGUGCUUAACCCACAUUGCAAAUCUGAUGAAAAGUCAUGUUGGUUAAGACAACUAAAGAAGUGGAAUGACAUGGAUGUGUGCCCUUUAGAGGAUGGUAACUAUGGAACUGAGCUACCCAAUAUUACCAAUGCCCUCCCUCAGAGCCCUAAUCUCAGUCAGGAUUCUUUAGCAAGACCAAGGCGAACAGUCUUCACACGAGCAAUGGAGGCCUGUGACUUGCACUGGCAAGACAGUCAUCUACAAAGGAUCAUAAGUAGUGAUUUUUACAUGUCUCCUACCUACCAACGAGAAGGAGAGAGUCUGCUUUUCAACUUGCAAGGUUUACCUCUAUGGCUUGAGCAUGUGCCCACUGCCUGUGCCAGGGUGGAUGCCUUAUGUUCUCAUGGGUACCCAAGGGAGGCACUGAGAUUAGCUGUUGCAAUCAUUAAUACUCUUAGGCUACAACAACAGAGACAGUUGGAGAUAUAUAAGCACCAGAAGAAAGAUCUUUUGCAAAGAGGAGUCACAACAAUCACCAAUUUGGAAGGCUGGGUGGGACAUCCUUUAGAUCCUGUUGGCUGUCUGUUUGUGACCCUUACUGAAGCGUGUCGUCAGGAAGAUGAGAAUGCAAUGGAUACUGGAGAUUCUAGUGACUCUAAACCUCCAAUCUUUCACCACGUUCCUGUGCUGGGCUGCCAAGAAAAUGGAGAAUCGUUCUUAUCCUUGGCAUUAGAAGUGGCUCUAAUGGGAAUGGGACAACAGAGGGUGAUGCCUGAAGGGCUGUAUGCUCAAGAUAAAGUAUGCAGGAAUGAAGAACAAAUUAUAGGACGGUUACAGGAGCUGGAUUUGGAUGACAUUUUAGUGCAAACACUUCGAAAGCAGUGUAUUCUUCUGCUUGAAGGAGGGCCUUUCAGUGGGCUUGGGGAAGUGAUACACCGGGAGAGUGUUCCUAUGCACACAUUUGCUAAAUACCUGUUUUCUGCACUGCUGCCUCAUGAUGCAGAUCUAGCAUAUAAACUGGCUCUGCGAGCAAUGAGACUACAAGUUUUAGAAUCAUCUGCUCCCUCAUCUGAUGUUACUCACCCACACCACGGAAUUUCUGUAGUGUCCAGUCGGUAUCCACGGUGGUUUACCCUCGGACAUUUGGAGUCUCAGCAAUGUGAACUGGCUUCCACAAUGCUUACAGCUGCCAAAGGAGACAUGUUAAGAUUGCGCACAGUUCUUGAAGCUAUUCAAAAAAAUAUUCACUCAUCAUCACUUAUUUUCAAACUGGCCCAAGAUGCCUUUAAAAUUGCCACUCCUGCAGACAAUCCACCAGACAUCACUCUGCUUAAUGUGGCUUUAGAAUUGGGCCUACAGGUGAUGCGUAUGACUCUGUCCACUCUGAACUGGAGGCGUAGGGAGAUGGUGCGCUGGUUAGUCACAUGUGCUACUGAAGUUGGUCUCCGCGCACUAGUGAGUAUCCUGCAGAGCUGGUACACCUUGUUCACGCCUACAGAAGCCACCAGCAUUGUUGCAGCUACAGUGAUGUCCCACAACACUAUAUUGCGACUAACCCUGGACUACCCACAGAGAGAGGAAUUGGCCAACUGUGCUCGGACAUUGGCUUUGCAGUGUGCAAUGAAGGACCCACAAAACUGCGCUUUAUCUGCAUUAACGCUUUGUGAAAAAGACCACAUUGCCUUUGAAACGGCCUACCAGAUCGUAAUAGAUGCUGCUUCAACAGGAAUGACGUACUCUCAGCUUUUCACUAUUGCUCGCUAUAUGGAACAUCGUGGCUAUCCACUGCGGGCCUUUAAGCUUGCCUCCUUGGCCAUGACUCACCUUAACUUGGCCUACAACCAAGACACUCAUCCGGCCAUUAAUGAUGUACUUUGGGCCUGUGCUCUCAGUCACUCCCUUGGGAAAAAUGAGUUGGCCGCCAUUAUACCCUUGGUAGUAAAGAGUGUACAUUGUGCAACUGUAUUGUCUGACAUCUUGCGUCGUUGCACUAUGACUGCCCCUGGACUAGCUGGCAUUCCUGGACGACGAAACUCUGGCAAACUAAUGUCUACGGACAAAGCUCCACUAAGGCAGUUGCUGGAUGCCACAAUUAGCGCUUACAUCAACACAACUCAUUCCCGUUUGACACACAUUAGUCCACGGCACUAUGGAGAGUUCAUAGAAUUUCUCAGUAAGGCCCGGGAGACUUUUCUUCUGGCCCAAGAUGGCCACAUUCAGUUUGCUCAGUUUAUAGAUAACCUCAAGCAGAUCUACAAGGGAAAGAAGAAGCUCAUGAUGUUAGUACGGGAGCGCUUUGGUUGAUUUGUGUCCAAAGUCGUGAAAAAAAACUUGAUUCCCUUAAGGGGUUCCUGAUUUCUCUGCAAGAACAAACCACCUUACAGCAUUUAAUUGUUGUGGUGGAAUAAAACUGAAAUACCACAGUUACUUGUGGAGGACGUAAGGGGUGGGAAGAAAUAUAUGGGAAUAAUUAUUUGCUUCAUACUUUUCAUUUGUAAGGAGGUUAAAAAAGUGGCACAUAAACCAAAUGACUUGCAGACUAUUGUGAACCAACUUUGGAAUAAAUUUUUUCUGUAAGAACGAACCCCCAAGCAACAAUGGGUGGGUUCAAAAAAAAAAUACCAAAAUGCUAAUGGUGGAGUGUAAUACCUCUUCAUACAGCCGUGAUCCGCAUCCUGGAGCAGGGGAAUAAAAGCGGAAUUGCAACAAAGAAACCUCGCACAAGCACCACCCAAACAAAGAUGAGCAGGAGCAGCGCGUUUUCCGUUUGUGAUGGCCUACUUACACUUGACUAAGCAAGAUGGAGUUCUUUUUGCUUCCUCCUUUUUAGGUAGAUUUACAUUGUCCUGAAGGUACUUUGAAAAGGAAGAAAAAAAGGAUUACCUAGUCACUCCAUUCUCAGGGAUUGCUCAAGAAAUAAAACAAAGGUAGCAAAAGCAUCUAACAUAUUGUAAAUACAAUAAGAAAGUGUCAAUUAAAAAUGUAAAGUUCUAAUUAUUUAUAUAAUUGUAUUUUUUGUUUGUUUUGUUUUUCCUUUUUUGAUACUUGAAUUUAUUGUGGGCUGGGAAUGUUAGACUUUUGAGAGGAAAGACUUAAGCAAAACAUUUCUCAGGUGCUCCCGUUUUAUUUUUUAAAUGUUGUGUUAUAUAUUUAUAUAUUUUUUCUUUUUAUUUUUUUUGCUGUAUAUUGUGCAAAACAAAGUGUGUAAAACAGAAAAAAAACAGAUUCAAAAGAUAAGAAGACUUGUAAAGGAAAAAAGAAGAAAUAUCAUAAGACUAUGCAGAACCACUGAGCUCUCUGCCUUCUCCCUUUAAGAGGCAGUGACGAACCAAACAAAACAAAGUGAAAGUCGGAGCCUGUGAGGGUGAGAACGGGUGUGGGGAAGCCGUGGAGACGGCAUGCGAGUGGGUCACUGGCUUUUUUAAAAGAACAGUUUUAGGUAUGACCUACCUCUCUAGUAUAUCAUUGGACAAACUGCUGUGUUUUAACAGAAUAAGCAACAGGAACAGGGCAGACGAAGUAGGGCAAGGAAAGCGGAAGGGUUAUGUGAACACUCGCCUGAGCCAGCAGAGCCGUUGAGCCCCCGUUUCCAGUUUGCACCUUUUCAUACAUACAGAUGUAUACAGUAUGUGUGGGUUUUUUUUCCCUGCUCUCUGUCUCCCUCUUUGCAGUCCCCCUCUUUGACACAGUGUUCCUUGCUUGUUAUCUUAAUCUUGCAAAACUUUAGUUCCAUAGGCAGUGUAUACCACUGGAUAAAAUUCUAUUUUUUUUUUU